AUGUCGCUCUUGCCCCCACGGCCGAGUCGUACUCGCUACGUUGGCAGGCGUACACUUAUUGGGCGUACCUAUUGGCGUAGAGAUGCUGAGGCUUCGGCAUGUUAUGAAAACACACCCCAAGGUAUUAUCAUAGCAGCAGCAAGUGACCCUCUCUGGAAUAAUGGUGCAAUACGUGGCAAAUUUUUUAAUGUCACAUGCACUGGUCCAACAAAUCCAGUGCCACACCCUUGCACUGGCAAGAGUAUUGUGGUAAAGAUUGUUGAUCAUUGCCCCGGAUGUGGUGGAACUCUAGAUCUCCCUAAAGAAGCUUUUUCAACUAUUGCUAAUCAUGUGGCUGGGGUUAUUAAGUUCGACUACGUCCAGUAA